AUGGCCGCGGCGGCGACCUCGGCGCUCGACGGUGCAGCGACAGGUUUCCCCCCACUUGUAGCUCCCCUCGACGCCCAACACAGCGUCAGCCUCCUCGAUUACAAUUCACCUUCACACGACGACCCCGAGACAGUAGGUGAUCGUACCCUAGGUGAUAUCGGCAUCUCCUCCCCGACGACCUUCGAAGAGCCGCUCCAGGACCGUGCACGAGCUCACAACGGGAAGGGGAAAGGCAAAGCUAGGGCAAGCUACGAGGAGCAGGAGCAGUGGUAUCAUCAAGAGGUUGACCAGAGUGAUCAGGAGCAGGAACGGCCAAGUUCGGAACAGCAGCAGCUGGAUGAAGAGGAACAGAUCAGAGAGGAGGAACGUAGGAUCGCAGAGGUACGUUCCCCGUUGCUCCCUGGAUGGUGACAGUGAUACCUCCUCCAGCGCUGAUGCUGCGCGACAUUACGUGCGACUUCUCUAGAACCUGGCAAAAUGGUCCUCUACGGAGGCACAACGGCGAGCCGUCGCAAGGCGCGCUCAAACCGUGCACGUCCUGCCUCCAGCACCUCCGAUCCCCUCCGCUUCCGAACUCGUUCGGCGGUCCUCGGCCUUGAUUCGAUCAGGUUCCAAAAGGGUUUCGAGGGUACUGGGGCCUUCCUCCGAGCUUCAAGACGUCUCCGUUCAGGAUAUUGAGCUGCACGAGGACGAUCCUCGAAGCAAGAGGAGAUGUCUCAGUCAGCGUUUGAACAGCUUCGACGAAAACUUUGGCUCCGAGGAUUUCAAUCCUGCGAGGGGGACGUCGUCGCCCAAGACAGUCGAGAAUGGGGGCAGUGGAUACGCGAACCCGUUUGAUACACCCCCUCUUUCACCUAUGACGCCGAGCUCGAAGCACCCGGGUCGGAUUCGGACGACACCGCAGAGAGGGUCAAGGUUCAUGGAGGAUCUGCCUCGCUCAGCGACGUCAACUGGAUCACCACUCUCGACCGCUUUCUCUCACGGAAGUCAGGAUGAGAGCCAGGAUGACAAAACACCGAGACCAUCGAUCGAUUUACCCCUGUUGGAACGACGGACUCGAUUACGCUUCACCGAAGAAGGAAACGAAUUCAUCGACGACGACCCGACACCUCGGAAACCACGACCGAGUCGAAACCCCUUCGACGACGAUGCAGGAACUCUACAACCCGCCGCUCCGAUCCAUCCGAGCCCACGAGAUCACUCCCAUCUCGAUCGACCGUACCAAGAUGAACCCGAUUCAACGGCCUACGAAGAACGCAUCUAUUCAAGCGGCGAUCAUCGACGCUUCUUGAAUUUCUCGUCGUCGGAUGACCAUGAGGUGGAUGAUCGGUUUUCGGGGAGGGGAUGGGACACUUUGGAGAGGCAGAAGAGGGUGAGGGCUGAAUUUGGUUUCUUGGAUUGGUUGAUGUGUGGGUGUUGCCUUGGAGAUCAGGCGGACGAGCACGAUGAUGAGCAGACGGGGAGGACCAAUCCGAUGGAGUAA